UCACGGUCUAUUCAGAAGACAUCCGGACUGCACGCGCAUAUCUGUCUCUGUGUUUCUGGGACUCGCUCUUCAUACUACAUCUACAUUUUUCAGGGUACCUUAAACAUCUCUAAACAGCAGGAAAUCAAGCCAUGGCUAUUACCGGCUGCUCUCAGUGCAUUAAAUAUAUGCUUUUUUUCCUGAACUUCAUUUUUUGGUUGGCUGGUGGUGUGAUUCUGGGUGUAGCUCUUUGGCUUCGCCAUGACACUCAGACCAGCAACCUUCUGAUGCUUCAGCUUGAGGGGACACAAGCUCCAGGGACCUUUUAUAUCAGUGUGUAUGUUCUCAUAGCGAUUGGAGCAGUAAUGAUGUUUGUGGGGUUCCUCGGUUGUUAUGGUGCUAUUCAAGAAUCUCAGUGUCUCUUAGGAACGUUUUUCACAUGUUUAGCAAUGCUCUUUGCCUGUGAGGUGGCAGCAGGGAUAUGGGGCUUUAUAAACAAGGAUACGAUUUCUACCGAGCUCAUUAACUUCUAUGAUGCUGCGUACAUGAGAGCUGUGGAUCCAGUGGAUACAACAUCCAGACAGGCAGCUAGCAAAGUUCUGGAGGUCUUUCAUGAACAACUUGAGUGCUGUGGUAAAGGAGAUGAUAAUGAACUUUUCACAACUGUCAAAGCUUCUCUGUGUCCCAAGAUCAUCCCAGUUGAUCCACUCACCUCUCAGAGUUGCCACAUUAAGCUAAGGGAUCUGUUUUCUGAGAAACUGCAUGUGAUUGGCUUGGCUGCGCUUGUGAUCGCUGUCAUUAUGAUUUUUGAGAUGAUUUUCACCAUGGUGCUCUGCUGUGCGAUUCGCAACGCCCCUGUAUACUAAGUGAUGAUGGCUAUUCUGAUUUUGCCAGUGAUGAGCAAAAGACCAUUUGACUUUUUGACUCACUCGUACUUUUCUGGUUCAGGUGUCCAAAUAGUUAGCGAUAAUCAGUGUUUUAGGGAAACAAAAUAUUUUAUUGGUGAUGUGAGGAGACUUUGAAAUGGUUAACCACAAUGUGAUUAAUUUUGCUUUUAUGCUGUAUUGUUUUAUGAUUAUUUAAUAGUUUUUUUUUGUCUGAUUCAAUAUUAGUUCAGUUACAUUUUGUGCUUAUGACCAUAAUGUGUCCAUAAUGUGCUGCUGUGUUGUAGCAAAAGUGCCUUUAAACACUUGCCUUUACAUUUAACCAACAAUUGUACCACAAAAUAAACAACAUAAUGUUGCAAGUGUGAUAGUUUUGUGGAGGAAAUCAUUACAGUGUUUUCAAAUAAAUAUUUUACAUGAAUCUGUGCAGCAAAGUAAAUUUGGGAUCAUUGUUUCCUGGGUGCACAAUGAUUACGCUUAGUUGUGAUAUUGAUGUUAUUGCAACAUGUUUUCUUUGUGAUUUAAACCCACAUGAAACUAAUAAAAAUAUAUUAAACAAUU